AUGUCUGUGGGAAGUAGGGGUGCUGAGGGUGCCGCAAAACCCCCUGAUAAAUCACAAUGAAAAAAUAUGAUAUUAAUAUUUAACCCCCCAACCCCCCCUCCCCUCCCCAAAAUAAAAUAAAAAUCACAAAAUUUGUGCAAUAGGCCUUUAUUACUACUGUAUGAGCGGAGCAAAAUACUCGUCAGGAGAAGUGCCCCCCCUUUUUAAAAAAACAACAACUCGCCAAUGCAUACCAUAAGACUAAAGUGAUGCUUUUAUGAUAGCAAUAGCUGACAAAUUGGAGGUAUACAAACAGUGCUAUUUAAAUAAAAUAGUAGUGUGUGCAAAGAGUCUAUAGUGUCUGGAAGCUGUCCAGCUACUGCUCUCAGAGCAAUGCCACCUAAUCACACACACUGAGAGCAAAAACAGCAGUGCCCUGAAGACCUGUCAGGAGAUUCACACCUACAGCACUCUACUGUGUGUAAUUGAUAAUUGCUCGUUUGCUAAUUCAGCUAUUUGCUAAACGUGUUUUCCUCAUUUAGCAGAUGCUUUUAUCCAGAGCAACUUACAGUAAGUAGUGAGUGCAUACAUUUUCGUACUAGUCCCCCAUGGGAAUCGACCCACAACCCUGGCAUUGCAAGCACCAUGCUCUAACAAGUGAGUCACACGGGUGUCAUCAUCUCAUGUAUUAAUUUUCUCUUCCCUUUCUCUCCCUCCCCCUCCCUCUCGCAGUCUCGGUCACGGACGUGGAGUGUGUACGCGAGGGCUUGCAGUCGGAGACCCUGCGGCAGCUGACGGGCUCAGUCCCCGAGGGCCAAUGUCUCACUGUGGUGUUCAAGGGGGCCAGGAAGAGUCUGGACCUGCGCUGCCAGACUGACGAGGAGGCCCAGCGCUGGGCACGGGGCAUCAGGACCCUCCAGGAGAGGGUGGAGAACAUGACCCAGAAGGAAAAGCUGGACAAAUAUCCUUUAUGGUUGAUGAUGGUGAUGAUGAUGAUGAUGAUGAUGAUGAUGACAAGGUGUUUUCUGGAUCAAAAUUGGGUUUAG